AUCCUUGGAAUUCUCUUUAAUGUUUCCCAGUUUCUAUUUCUUAGUUUGUAGGUUUGGUGAAUACUCUUCUUUUUCAAGCCAAGGGUCACUUUGAAAACCUCACCUGCUAUGUUCAACCCAGGCAAGAUGAGUCAGGCUGAGGUAAUAGAUCCCUUCCUUAUUCCUGUAUCUUUGGAGUCAAAAAACAGGCCUAUAAGGAAUAAGAGUUUUUAGUGACUAAUUCAUGGUAUGUUUGGAAAGCUGGAAUGGGUAAGAUCCAUUCCACAUCCCUCCUUUGCAGAUGGGAAACUGAGGCCCACAGAAGGGAAGGGGUCUGCUCGGAGUAAAGCGAGGAGCCAGAGCAAGAACCGACCUGGUUCCUGAUCUGUCCAUCCGAAUCAUUGCCAUCUCUGAGCUUGGUCACAUUGACUAGAGAGAUGAGCUUCAAUGACUAAAAAUAUAAUUAGAUGAAAAGUAAAAAAAAUAAGGUGAACAUGAUCAUGAUUGUUAAGCUGAUCCCAGGAGAGGUGUUAAAUUAAGCAAGUUCUUAAAACUGGAGUAAAACAUGUGUACCAAAUAGAUAAGCAAUAGUGUUAGAUGGCAGUAAGGGUGGCUCAAAUGAAUUCUGAACAGCUACUUUUUAACUGGAAGAAAAAUUAGGCAGUGUAAUAAAUUAUAAGGGAAAUGGUGAAAUGUCCAUCACUGAGGAGAGACUUGGACUAGGUAGCUGUCUGUCAUGGUUUGAAAGGAAGCUUUCUCUCUUGCAUUAGUCCUGGAGUCAGCGCUCAGGGAUGGCAGUAUGGCUUUUCAAACCAUUGACGAUGAUAUAUGGAUUUUUUUAUGCAACGAUUUAAAAGAAAAAGACCAUUAACCAGUGUUUAUAUUGAUAUACCUGGCGAAAGGUUUGGGUGAAGCUACUGCCGUUUACUAACUGAACUUUCUUAAGAACUGUGGGAUGGACUCAUUUGGGGCAUUUCAUAAUUCUGACUUAAGGUUUGUUUCCACUGAUACAGUUUUUGGAUGUUUUGUGAAAAGAGAACAGGAUAGUUUUAUGGCUCAUAAUAAUGCUCGUAAUACUGCUUUCUAAAUUUCCCGGAGUGCUGUAACUUCUUAGUGAACACUGUUCACUCAGUUUUGUCGGUUUUGCUUGAAAUAGUCUCAUAAUAGGAUCAUGUGCUUUUGACACUUCUUCGGGCUACUGUAGGAACUUAGUUGGAAUUUUAGUAAUCCAACUAUGACUAGUUUCUGAAAUGGUAACUUCAUUUGUCCGUGACUAUACUCACUAGAGUCGUGCUUCAGAGUUGGUGCUCCUGUGAGCGCCGGCAGUGUGAUGUGGGUGCAGGCACCGUGUCCGCACAGUUCUCGCCCUCCCUUGGAUACUUCAUUAGGAUUUUUGUUUCUUUCCUUGUGGUUUUAGGUAGAAUGAGUUUAGAUGUUUUAUUAGUUGUGUUAGGAAGAAAGAACACUAUCAGAAGUAUGAUGGGUUGGAGGAGCAAAUUGAGUGUCUCAGAGCUCCUAAAUCUAUGAAGAAAGUAACUCGGUUACCCUCUGUAAUUUAAUAUCAUUUGAAGUCAUUAAAAGAAAAAGAAGCUCCUCCCCCUCCCCCCUAAAAAAGCACCUUUUAGAAUAUCCUGUAAAGAUACAUAAAGGUAUGCUCUGGGUGUAUAAAGGUAUGCCCUUAUAACUCCCUCCCUGCAUUUUGGAAUAAGGGACAUGCAGCUAACUCAGCACAACUUUCCUGGUGAAUAUUUGAGGUCGGACACUCCAGCAUUCUCUUUUGACUUGAACCAACAAGUGAAACUUUUCUUUUUUUUCCCUUUCAUUGCAGGUGUCACUUCUACCAUAAUUGAACUCAGCUUUUCCUUGUUUAACCCAGACAUCUCAAAUUUCCCACUGGCAGAUUGUCAAGUCCUAUUAGUUCAUCUGUGCUACCUAAUUACUGGUGCAUGUGAAGAUUUCUUGGCAAUUUAGUGUGGAAACCAUUGAUCACGUUGCUCUCAUUUCUGCCUGUUCUGUGUUGGCAAGGGAGAGUGCCCAAAUGAGCAAGAUAUCACAGCAACCCAGUACUCCGGGGGUAAACGGAAUAAGUGUGAUCCAUUCUCAGGCACAUGGCAGUGGCUUACAGCAGGUUCCUCAGCUGGUGCCCGCUGGCCCUGGUGGAGGAGGCAAAGCUGUGCCUCCCAGCAAGCAGAGCAAAAAGAGUUCACCCAUGGAUCGAAACAGCGACGAGUAUCGUCAGCGCAGAGAGAGGAACAACAUGGCAGUGAAAAAGAGCCGGUUGAAAAGCAAGCAGAAAGCACAGGAUACGCUACAGAAAGUAAAUCAGCUCAAAGAGGAGAAUGAACGGUUGGAAGCAAAAAUUAAAUUGCUGACAAAGGAAUUAAGUGUACUUAAAGAUUUGUUUCUUGAGCAUGCACACAACCUUGCAGACAACGUGCAACCCAUGAGCACUGAAAAUACAACAACAAAUUCUGAUAAUGCAGGACAGUAGACCUCACUCUUUCCAAACUUCACGACUUGUGGCUUGAACCUUAAAGGUGUGACCUCUUUCACCAUUCUUACCAGUGGUGAACCUUGUCUUGUUCCAUUAUUCAAAGAUCCAUUGAAAAUUGUUUUCUAGGAUCAGCACUGAAGAGUUGAUUAGCUAAACAUGUUAGCCGUGUAAUUUGAAUAUGUGGUUAUAAAUGAUACGGAUUUUUGUGGGAAUCAAAAAACACUUUUAAGGUUUUUGGUAAAAAAAUAUCCUGGACCUUGAUAUUCUUGAUAAAUCUUGACUUCCCAAGAAGUGCUUUUUCAGGUGGACAAAAGGAAUGGGGAUCUGGCAGGUUGUGCAGAAGGUUCCUGGUUUUUAAUGGAUAUGAUUAAUUGGAUUAAGAAAAGUUGAAUGCCAUCUAUAGUAGCAUACUUGUGAUUUUUUUCCUAAACUUUGUAUUAAAAAUCCUUAGGGCGAUAGAAACCAAUUGUUUUGUUAUUUGGAAUGAUUUUAUAUAUCGCAUAACACCUAUUUUAGUAUAUGAGUACUAUUUUCCCCAGCAAUUACCAGGUGAUUUUUAAUAAUAAUGCCUGGUUAAGGAAUGAGAUCCCAUUGCAUUUUAAAGGCAUAUGUAGCCAGUUGGCUUAAAGAUAAAAAUAACAUUUAGGAAGCAAAUAGAUUUUAUUUUAUUUUUUUAUAAAAGUGUAGCCUGUUAGAAUUACAGUUUUGGGGUACCUUGGGUUAUUGGAUUAGCAUUAUUUUGUUUCCUGAAAAAAAGUCUCAGUAGUUCAGAUAAACUUAAGUACCAAAAUUUUAGUUUCUGCAGAUGCCAGUAAAGUGAGCAUUUUUUCAAUAUCAUUUUGCAACCAAAUCAGUAAACAAAAUGUCUUAACAGUUUGACCAGACAAGCUACUGAUUAGGAUUUAGAAUAUUAAUUCAGCAGGUAGUUUCUAUGGUGUUCAAAUUAACUGUCAUGGGGCCCUGAUUUCUAAAGGCGAAUAUUUUUUCUAAAGGAUGAUUUUGGUAUUUGAUCUUAACCAAUUGAUGUUUAGAAAAAUGUGUCAUUUACUCCAUGCUGUCUCCCAAAAUGGGUGUAAAAAAAAAAACUUGAAAGUGUAAAACCUUUAAUUUAUUUCACUUAAAUGCAUCUUCUUGCAUUGUUUUUGUGACUCUUCCUUUUCUGGCGGCUGUCCUUCCAGACUUUUUGUACCACUGCUUCUGUUUUGUCAUUUGUAUGCUUACAUGUCUCAUAAGUUAUUUAAGGAAGAAAGUACUGAUAAAACUCAGGAUAUUAACAUUUUUGUUGAGACUCAAAAAAUGCCAAUCACUAAAGUUGGGAAUCUCUAGAUUUUGGCUUAUAUCAGUGUUGGUAGUUUUGAUUGUCCUUAUUAACUGUGUGUUUUUGUUGUUUUUGAAGUGGGUUCUAGCUCAUAUUUGUUAACUUUUUCAUAUUUUUUCUUGUGCCUGGUUGGUGAUAAAAGACUCAGUUACAUUUAGUUUAGAAGUUUGUGUUACUAGGUCUCUCUUUUGCAUAUGGUCAUUUUGGGCCCCAUUGCUGUGUCAUGCCAGGACUUGGGACACUAACCAGAGUGUAACUCAGUGUCACUCAAGUUGUGCCCUUGGAUGGGUGGCAGGGUGCUGACUGUGCUGUUCCCCUAGGCAGAGGACACCCUGGCCGUGUCCUGUAACUCAGCAAAGCCAUCGUGAGGGCCGAGGGGGCCCCUUCUGACUGGGAGACAGGAGCCCAGGGUGGUCCCGUAGGACAUGCUGCCUAGGAGGGCUGAUUCCCUACAGAGCCUGGAACAGGGUGGGGUUUCUGUUAGGGUCCAACAGCAGUUUACUUUGGGGGGGGAGUAUUGAUCUACUUUAAAGGUUGGCAGGUGUUUGAAUAGCUUAACUAGGACAUACUCACAGAUGUGUUAGUGACAUUUUAUUUUUGUAUUUACUAAAAACUUUGAGGACUGGAUGUCUUUAUGGAAUUUAUGGUUACCAAUGAUAUAGAUUGAGUCAAUUAUCUUAAAAAGGAAACUUUAGAGAAGCUGUCUGGAUAUGUACUCAAUAUUUCAAAUCAAAACAUAAGAUUGGAACUUUAUGGAAAAAUUGAUUCCAGCUUUCUUAUUACCUAUGCAAAUCAAAACUUUAGCAUAAGCAAUCAGUUAGUUAUGCAUAGAACAAAAGUGAUAGCCAUUGUCUUGACUAACUUACUGAACUGGUUGAGAAUGAAAGUUUUUAGUUUGGUAGAUUAAUCAGUAUAAAAUUGAAGGAGACCAGUGAGUAAGUUUAAAGCUUUGGGAAUUGUAAAAUGACUUUUAUAGCUUUUAUAGUGUGUGUUAUCUAUGAACGAUUAGGAUUUGAUCUGCCUUUGUGGGCAGUUCUAGUGGUUUAGAAAUGAGGCUUUUGCUAUAAAUUUCCGGCUGCAUCACAGUCUCCUGGGAUUGGUGCUUUUUGACUGUUUUGGCUACAGAUGGUGAGAUGAGAGCAGCUCUUCCUGCUCUCUGGCCCCUUUCAGUUACCGUGAUGCAAGCUCAGAUACUUUAGACUUCCUUACCAAGAAGUACUAAGAUUUUAAUAAAAUAUGACCAGAUUUUUGAAAUUCAGGUCAUGAGUGUGAAAUUCUCAAAUUUACAUUGUUAGCUGUAUGUGCAAUUUAAUAGUUGAUAUUAAAAGAAAGGAAACUAGCAGCUUUUGAUGUUUCUUAAUCCCCAUUAGAGGGCUUGAAACCUUGUACUUAACUUUUAUCAUUCAGUGUGCUUUCUGAUGCCUUAGAAACAGGGAAAUUUGUUUUUCUGUUUGAUUAAAAGCUAGGAAGGAGAAAAUCCAUUCUGUAGCUAUUAGAGCUGCCUCUCAGGAAAAAGUACUAACUUGCUCUUUUUGUUCCUGGCUUUCCUCAGUUUCUGAGAUGAUUCUGUUUUUUUUAAUAUAAUUUUAUUUCUUUCAAUGAGUUCAAAAUAAACACUUUUGAACAAUGACUGUAUUUCAUUGUGGGUUUCUUCAAUUCACAUGUCAUAUGGCUCUAAAGAGCAGGCAGAUUUCCUGCUGUCUUUUGUGUUCCCAGUCCAGGGUGUGGGAAACAAGGAGAGGGGCUUUAGUCUAAGGCUAGAUUUCCCUCAGUGGGUAGGAAAAUAGUUUUGAGUCACUUGUUCUAAUCGGCGAGUAGAAACCAGACUGCGGAAAGCAAUGAUGGCGUUCUGUUUAGACAGUUUGUUAGUGUAUGAUUGCCAUUUCCAAUGUGGUAGGAAUUGCUUAUGUUUCAAGGUACAUUUUUAAAAUGUAAGGCUUUUUCCCUAACAUUACAAACUUAUAGUGGGUUAUCAUCAUAUUUUCAUUUAUGUGAUGCCAUCAAGAGUCCUAGAGAUGAAUUUGCUGAAUUCAUAAAGCUUGUGAGUCCAGGCUUAUUUGGAGUUGAGUGUUUUAAGACAAAAUGCCAUUUAGAUACAUUUCUUCUAUAAUCCUUUAAUUAUUUUCACGUCUUGGGAAAGAAAUUUCUACUUGUUGCGUCUUAAUGAAAAUUGUAGUACAAUGAUGAUUUCUAUGGGUAGUAUCCUUUCAUUUUUAUGAAUUAGUUGUAAUUUAGAAUCCAGUAACUUGUCUUUCGGAAUUUUAUGUAGGGAUUAUUUCUUUGUGAAGGGGCCGGCUCACUUUAAAUAAAAGCACUUUUAGACCUA